UUUUUGCCCGGCACUUUUUGUUGAUUUUAUUUGUCGUGAUCACUUUUCAUUACAUAUAUAACCAUUUCAGAGAUAUAACUCAGAUUACAAGGUAGAAACUUUGUGUCUGGAACCUGCGACACCAACCGCUAGAUUUUCGCAGUCGCAACAAGCGGGACCCGGUCGAAAACAUUUCCACCCCCCGCCACGUGCUCACCCUGAUCUCAACUGAUCUAUAGUCCAUUCGUCAAAAAGAAACAGAAACAUGGCUCCUAAACCGUCCGCCAAAGGCAAGCCCUCCUCGGGAGGCGACUCGAAAAAGUCAGGCAAGCCGCUGUCGUCGUCGUCGAAAGUGAACAAGAAGAAUGUCAAGCGCCCGCCGCCCAAGGAAGUCAAGGCGAAGGCUCGCACGGAACCGAGCCAGCUGAAGAAGACCAAGAAGAGAGAAUACACCGAGGCCGAGCUGGGUAUCCCUGAGUUAAAUGCGAUCACGCCUGUGGGUGUUGUGAAGCCUAAGGGCAAGAAGAAGGGAAAGACGUUUGUGGAUGAUCGGGAUGGAGUCGCUACGAUUAUUGCUAUGGUCAAUGCUGAGAAGGAAGGCCAGAUCGAGUCGAAGAUGAUGAAGGCUCGUCAGCUGGAGGAGCUGCGUGAACUCCGGAAGAAGGAGACCGAGGCUCGACAAGCGGAGAAGAAGAAGAAAUUGGACGCGACGAAAGACUCGAUCCGUAAUAAGAAGAAGCCCGGCAGUGAGAACACCGCACGAUCCGGCGGCUCGGACUCGAAGUCCAAGGGGGACUCGAAGUCCAAGGGGAAAAGAAAGAGCGUUUCUUUUGCUUAAAAAACGGGCUACAUUGCAAAAACCAAAAGUAAUUUUUGUCUAUAGCGAAACUAUGUAUCUAGAUAGGGUUCUGGCGUUGUUUAGGUCUAUACUUUUCUCCCCAAAAAAUCUUGACACGAAAG